AUGGCCCGACCACCACUUUCUGCAGCAGCUGCUGCCGCUAAACAAGCUCAGAAAACAGCUCCCAAAAUUGAUCCUAAUAAACAACGCAGCAUUCACUUGAUUCUGCUCGGAAUUCCUCUUAUGGUUGUGUCCUCGUAUGGCCUCUACAAGCGACUUAUCAUGGGUCAGGAAAAGCGAAGGCAAGUUGGCGAAAUGACACCAGACGGCCAGUUACGAAUGUUUAAUGAAGAGGAGAUAAUCGAGCGCGAAAAGGAAUCCUAUUUCACCCGCAUUUUUGGUUCGGAAAGCUGGACUUCCUCUAUUCGCAAGUAA